UAUCAAGUUGGGCAACUUUAUUCUGUAGCCCAAGUUAGUAAAAAUGAAACAGGUGGUGGUGAAGGUGUUGAAGUGAGAAAGAAUGAGCCAUUUGAAAAUUUCCCUUUACUAGGUGGAAAAUAUUCAAGUGGUCAAUAUACAUACAAAAUAUAUCAUUUAGCAAGUCGUGUUCCUGCCUACAUCAGAUUAUUAGCACCAAAAGGUUCUUUGGAAGUACAUGAAGAAGCAUGGAAUGCAUAUCCAUAUUGUCGAACUGUUAUAACAAACCCUGGUUAUAUGAAGGAUGACUUUUUCAUAUCCAUAGAAACAAUGCAUUGUGCAGAUAGAGGGGAUCAAGAAAAUGUACAUGAACUUCCACCUGAGAAGUUAAGAAUAAGAGAAGUAGAAUACAUUGAUAUAGGAAAUGACCCUGUAGCACCUAAGGAUUAUAAAGAAACCGAAGAUCCUAGUAAGUUCAAGAGUGAGAAGACUGGCAGAGGUCCAUUAACAGGUAAUUGGAGGGAAACUGUCAAUCCUGUAAUGUGCGCUUAUAAAUUAGUCACAGUAGAAUUCAAAUGGUUUGGUUUACAAACUAAAGUAGAAUCAUUUAUCCAAUCUACAGAACAAAGGCUUUUCCUGAAAUUUCAUCGAGAAGUAUUCUGUUGGAUAGAUCAGUGGUAUGGCUUGACAAUGGCUGAUAUACGUCGAAUGGAAGAAGAAACCAAAAACGCUCUUCAAGCUCAAAUAGCAGAAGGAGAAAUUAGAGGAACACUUGUUGAAGAAUAACUAAUUUUGUAUUUAAAUACUAUAUUUUAUAAUAUAGGUUUUUGCCUCAACAAAUUUAUAGCAUUUCUAUUAAAAAAAAUUUUAUAUGAA